GUGGCCGUGUACUCGACAACGAGAGGGUCAAUGCAGGCGUUGAUAACCACGACAGCUUCACCCAUGUGGCGGAUCACAGAUACAGCAGACAUCCCAGUCUCCUUUUAUCCGUCCCACGUGCCUUCAGCCAGCGACGUAGAAAAGUACAAGAUCAAGGAAAACUUGGUCAAGGAUAUCGGUUCGAAGUGGAAGAUUGCCGUUGGUGGGAGCUACUACUUCAAUGGCAAAGCUGCACAGAAGUAUGCGUCGCUUUGCCUG